AUGGCGAAGUUAAGUGUUCUUGCUGCCAUUUCGCUGUGCAGUAUUGUCCUUGCAUCUUGUCAACGUGUUAAAUAUAAGGAUUGUGGUAAGUGAUCGGUUCGUUAUAGUUAUCCAGUGUUCGAUUUUGUGUAGAGCGAACUUUUUUAUUUGCUGCUACAAAUAAAAAUUGUGCUCUUUCAGGUCGGAUUCGACUGGAGUUUCGCUUUUCUUGCCAUUUUUGUUUUAGUAUGCCAAAAAGAAACCCGACCAAAGGCUAAUUAAUGGAAAAAACACUAUUGAUACUAGUAACUUAGAAUAGACAGGGGCACCCAACGAGGAUAUAGUUCAAAGCCACUUAACAUAGCAUUGUUGACCGUAUUUUAGUAUUUAAACGGUAGAUAUAGGCAUAUUUUUAUCCCCUAAAAAUUUUUCAUCCGUUCGGAUUUCGUAGCUGAAAGUCUAGUGAUCCGAAAAUUAUAGGGAUAAAAACUUACCUUCUCGAAAAUUUCAGCCAGGAAAAGGCUCCCGAAAAUUCUAGGUGGCCUUUUUUAGGGUUGAAAUCCGUUAAAAAUGGGUAAUUAUACCAUUUUGUAGAUGUUCGAAAAUCCUAGGAGAGGCAGGCAAGCAAGAAAUUUUACAACAUAUGUUCCGAAAAUUCUAGAUCUCAAAUCGUCUUCCGAACAGAUAUUUUCGGAAAAUUGUUGUUGGAUGCCCCUGAAUAGAGCUUGACACGGUUUUCGACCCCAUCUUGACGAGUAGGCAAACGCGUGAGAAAUUAUAGUGUUUGUAUGAGAAUCCACUGUCGAAUAAUUUCCGUAAAACGGCUGUUCGGGAAAAAAUAUGAACUGUAAACUAAAGCUACACAGCAAAGGAUUUUACCAACAAAUUUUUGGGGCCGUUACUGUUCUUAAAUCUCUCCAGAGGCUUGCUUUAGAUUUCCAUAUACUUGUCGGGUAAUUUUUACAGACAAAUGUAUAGAAAAUUUUAAAGAAAGGUUAAAGGUCUUCUAGCGCAUGAAACGCCCUCAAAUUUUUUUCAGUAGAAUCCUUAAGAGCGACUCUCCAUAGGGACCGAGUGAGAUUGAAAAAAUGUGGCACAAGGUCGGAAAAAUAGAUCCCUUGAUAUUUCGUCCAGAGAUAACCUAUGAUAUGCUAAGAAUCGUGAUAUAAGUUUUAGGUUCUAGAGUUUUAACAUUUUUGAGAAAAUUACGAAAAACCGUCGACAACCGGUGAAGCCGAAAAAUCACAGAAAGAGGUCAAAUUUCAUGAUCAGAUAAUCGAACUCGCGUGAAGGCGCAUAGCAAAUUAUGGUUUUCCUUAGUUUAUAAUUUUAGUUAGGAGGUUUUGCAAAGCUGCGUUGGUGAUAUUUUAGACUUACAAUUCUAAUUCCGAAUUCCUGGAGAGCAAGCGAAGAGAACCGAAAUUUCUAGACUUUGAAAAUCAAAAAUUCCAUACAAAAACAAAAUUGCGCGGGCGCAACGGCCGGAAAACAAAUUUCCUGCAGAGCGCAAACUUACAUAAAUCCCCUGCAGCAUCUUAGUGACAUGGAUUCUAAGAAGAAAGUCUAUAUGACAGUGCUCCCAUCACUGACGUACGCUUAGGUUAGGGCUUGGCGUGGUAUUUGGGUCGUGAUACUGACUUCACGGGUUGUCGACGGUUUUUCGUAAUUUUCUCAAAAAUGUAAAAACUCUAGAACCUAAAACUUAUAUCACGAUUCUUAGCAUAUCAUAGGUUAUCUGUGGAUGAAAUAUCAAGGGGUCCAUUUUUCCAACCUUGUGCCGCCCCUCACGCGGUUAUUAGGGAGAGUGGCUCUUAAGAGUGAAGCUUUAAUUUACAGUUCAUAUAUUUUUUAAAACAGCUGUUUUACGGAAAUUAUUCGACAUUAGAUUCUCACACAAACACAGUAAUUUCUCACGGGUUUGCCUACUCGUCAAGAUGGCGUCGAAAACCGUGACAAGGUCUAUACUUAUUUCGAACUGGAAGUUGAACAGUGCCUCCCUAAGGUGCGUGCGACUGGUCGUAUUCCGGAAUCUGACUCGUCCCCAGUCGUCUCUCUUGAGAAUGGAGAGAAGCGCGAGGGGUGAUGGGAAGGAGGAAAGGGGAAGGGAGAAACUCUCCCUUUUCCUCCUUCCCAUCACCCCUCGCGCUUCUCACCUUUCUCAAGAGAGACGACUGGGGACGAGACAGUUCCGGAAUCUCGACAUAAGUGGCGCGAAGUUAAGGGUCAUUUACAGUAAUACCCAGCGGGGGUGGAGGUAUUCCGGAUUUCAAGUGACGUAGGGGCGGAUCUAGCAUAAAUAAUGACCGAUUUCCUAAACAAGCGCCGGAGGUGCAAGCUUCUAGGAGGGUCCGGGGCAUGCUCCCCCGGGAAAGUUUACGUCUUCUUUCCUUAGUUUCCGAGUCAUUUAGACGGGAUAUGGGCCAGAUUUCAAAUGUACAUAUAUUUUGGUUUGAAACACAAACGUUUCUCAAAUAGAAUACAGUACCUUUAUAUAUUAGGAUAGUAAAAUUAUAAGAAUUCAAAACUGAAGCUGAUGAAUUUUUUUUAAUUACUUCAAAAAGAAACCAGUGUAAGCAGACACUAUAUAUACAUAUGUACAAAAAACAUGACAAGUAAGGGUUUAAAACAGUGACACGAAUGUAAACAGAUGACAGACAUGGAAUUAUAUAUGUAGCUGAUGGCUUACCAACACAGGUUCGGUUAGAUCGAAUGUCAUACAUACAUGUAUACAGCAUCUGUUAUGAGCCAUUUGUCAAAAAUACUUUUUUCAAAUCCUUUCCCAAAAAAAUGCUCAGAUUGUGAAUCUCAAAAAUCUACCCAUCAGAGUGUGGAUUUUACGGAUUCAUGAUCCGUUUUUGGAUUUGCCCUGCAAAAAAAACGCAAUAUUUGUUUUUGGAUUCGAAAAUCUGGAUUUGGAUUAUCCCCAAAAAAACGCACCCUCUAAUAUCUUGAUCUGAGAGGGUUUUCAUCUCACAACGUUCUGUUUACACAAAUGAUACUGCUGACUGAUUUAGGGUCUGCUCAAAUUGCGUAAAGCUAAAGAAGACUACGAGAAAGACUCACAUUGUUAUAAAUUGUGUAAAGCUAAAGUUUAAAACUAAUGAGAAGGAUGUACAUUGUUUUAGGGAAGACUUAAACUUUUCAGUUUGCCUCUCUCUAAAAGAUUAAGUACCCUGAUUUUAUAGGAAAACAAAUGACAUUACACAGUUGCUGUACAUUUAACAUCACCCGCUGUAGAUGCAUUAAAUAUCAAAAAGCAAAAAAAGGUAGUAGUUUUAGGUUGCAUUAUUUUACUUCACCAGUGUCACCAGUGGCACUUAGCAAAAAGUUGUUGUCACUUUGCAAAAAUGGCUGUUAUAAGGAGCAACGUUUGAGCAACUUUUUAGAAAAUUCUGGCAACUUCGAGCACCUUUUAGGAAAAUUUGGGGCAACUUGUGGCUGAGGCUACCCCCCCCCCGGGCAGUAAUAACAUGUAGAAUAAUAGUUUGGUUUUCACUCAAAUUUCCUCUUUUGACAACCGUACAUGUACACACAUCAUUAAAAUUUAUAUCAUUUCAUGGCAAAUGACUAUUUUGAAUGUAACCACCGCUUUGAACUGUUUGGGAGUUUAAAUGUGGCUUCUUAAAAAAAAGUUAAUUCAAUUCCCUAGUUUGGGGCAUCUUUACAUCCAAGUUCCUUACCUUCAACACCAGUACUGGCUCGAGAGUAAAGAAUGUUAUUAAUGAUUUGCUGUUUUGGCAGGUUCAAAAAAAUCAAAACUUGAGGAAGUUGAUAUUACACCAUGCCCUGCAUUUCCCUGUCUUCUGAAGACAGGGACCAACGUGAUGGUUGAAGUAAAGUUCACUCCUAGUAAGUUAACUUUUAUAAUAGUCCCCCAUAAGACUGUUCUUUGUGUUGCCAUGGCACAUACUGUUCCCGGCUUCAGAGAUGCUGAUCCUGAGAGGUCUAAAAUCUGAAAACUCCCUCUUUCGUAUCACCCACUUACAAGAGCUCAUCCUCGUAAGCGACUGGCUCUACUAGUUAUGACCACUUUUUCAAAUUUCCGUGGUGGUCGCUUACAAGAGCUUUGACUGUGGGGUUGGUGGGUGGCUGAUUGAUGUUGAUGGGGUUACUGCCAAAAAUACAGUCCCUAGAUUUUUAUUCUUGAUCUCCAAUGGUUGGCAUCUCUGUUAUACAUGUAUGGCUAAUAUUAAUAGCCACCCUGUUUACUAAGGCCAAAUUCGUUUGUCCUGUUUGUUACCACAUUAACACAGUUCCACCAGUCUAUUAUUUUUCAUUUAAUUGCAGUAGAGACCAUUUCAAAAGCCACAUCUGUUAUUUAUCUUAUUAUUGGUGGAGCAAAAUUUGCUGGCAUCACCAAAGAUGCUUGCCAGGAACAAGGCCUGACCUGCCCAUUAAAACCUGGAACAGACAACACAUUCAAAACAGUGCUAUCAGUCAAGCCUUUUUAUCCAGCAGUAAGUGCAUUGUCUUGAUUAUUGCGAAGUUCAGACUUUACUUAAGAAUUAGAUUGCUUUGUGCUAAUGAGGACAUUCAUGACCAAGGAAUAAGAUUAAUAAAGAAAGUCAUCUUUAAUAUUCUGACUUGUGAUCUGAUACCUUAAUUAUAUAGAUUACCUGUGACUUAUGUCAAUAAUGAUCCUAGCAAGGAUAUGAGCAAAUUGAACAGAUUAGGAGAAACUUUUCUGUUAAUGGUUACUUCUUUAAACUUGAGAGUUCCCUCAGAGAGGUGGAAAAAUAAACACCUGCAUUCUUUACUGUUUAGAGAAAUAUAUAUAUUAUAUAUAUAUAUAUAGAAAUAUAUUGUUUUCAUGCAAAUCAAAGUACAAGUAUGCACCUUAAAGAUGGUGCUUGACAUCCCAAACCAUGUCUUUACCCUCAAGUUUGGAAAAAUAUUCUUUGGCACCUACAACAUUUAAUUAGUGCCCAAAUUAUGUUAUCUUUUACAAACGGUAACUCUACAAAUUUUCCUUACCCACCUACAGGAUGCAAAGAAAGCCAAUUUUACAGCUUUCCAUUCAG